AUGAGUCACCAACGAGCUCCGGGUUUUGGUCGACCGCCUCAGACUCCAAGUAAUGUUAAUAAUUUAAAUAUCUCUGGAUUUUGGUCUAAAGCAACUAAUAGUAAUUUCCUUACCAAUCCGUUUACUUAUCCAACUGGUAACCAAUUUAAUGAAAAUACUGCCACUAAUAGUAAUGUUAAUAAUAUAUGGAGACAAUCAGCUACUAAUUCAACAGCUAAUCCAUCAAAUUCCCGAUCGAUUGGGACCAGUGUCGCGAUAUCGCCUAGUACUUCAUCUACUUACACUUAUUCUCCUCCACCAUUAAUUAAUUUAAAUAAUAAUCGUGCUAAAUUAUCAUCAUCAUCACCAUUUCCAUCGCAACCUUCUCGUAGUCAUUGUCCCACAACAAAUGAUCUAAUAUUGGCCCAAUUAAUGAGUCUCUGUUUGGAUAAUCAGCAAUCCAUUUCAAUUGAUAAUCUAAAUUCUCUUUCAUCAUCUUCUUCUCAUGGAUCUUGUAAAUUAAUCGACCCUAUUGGUACUUCAUUGGAUCAAUCAAAUAAUUUAUCAUUACGAAAGCUGAAAGCUCGAACAGAAGAUUCAUUCAAUUCUAAUAUCACUUCAGAUCUUCAAUACAAUCAUCCUACAAUUCCAAUAGCAACCAAUUCACAGAAUGGAAAUGGAAGACGAAAACAUCGCCGAGGAUCUUGUUUAGAAUGUGUUUUCUGUAAAAACAACGGACAACCUGCCAGUUUCUAUCAAAAUCAUGUACUCAAAGACGUUCUUGGCCGUGUUACUUGUCCAAUUCUGUUCGCAUAUGACUGUCCUAUUUGUCACAAUGGAGGAGGACCGAAAGCCCAUACAGUGAGAUAUUGUCCUCAAAAUAAGCCAAGUAAUCGUCUAAGAAACGCUCUACUUAAAUCUCAAACUCUUCUCAACAACAAUCAAUCCAUCAUGUGAAUCGCAACCAACCAACAUUCAUUGACAUCAAAUUAAUAUUCAACAAAUAAUCAAACCCAAUCAAACUGCCCCAAUGGACAAAAUCAAAUGACAGCCAUCAUCAUAUAUUAUUAUAUAUAUACUAAUCUAAUUGUUUGUUACAUUUUUUUUUUCUGUUACCUUUUGUUUACUCAGAAUGAAACAUCAUCUUCACGAUUGCCUUACAUUAUUGUAUUGUUACUUUUCCAUAUUUCAUAUUUCAUACUUCAUAUUUCACAUUUCACAUUUUUCAUUUCAAUUAUGAUGCAAAAAAAUAUAUAUUUCUUCAUAUUUAGACAAAAGAAUUUUUAUAAAUUCGAUAUUAAAAUUAAAUCUUCAUUUUCGUUUACAAUUUAAAUUCUUUCAA